CCACCAAGAAGAAGGAGAAGAAGAAGAAGAAGAAGGCACAGGUAGCCAAGAGAAGAAGAAUGGCCAUCCUCCGGGUCCUGUUCCUCAUGGCGGUGGUGUGCGCGGCGGCGCACGCGGCCAAGGACGCGAAGGAGGACAAGAAGAAGGACAGCGACGCUCCGGCGGCGGCGCCGGAGGGGGCGGAGUCGGGCCCCGGCGGGUCGCUCGACAUCAGCAAGCUCGGCGGCAGCGGCGACGGGAAGACGGACAGCACCAAGGCGUUCGACGAGGCGUGGGCGAAGGCGUGCGCCGGCACCGGCAAGCAGACGAUCCUGGUCCCCAAGGGCGACUACGUGACGGGGCCCCUCAACUUCACCGGGCCCUGCAAGGGCGACGUCACCAUCCAGCUCGACGGCAACCUGCUCGGCUCCACCGACCUGGCCAAGUUCAAGUCCAACUGGAUCGAGAUCCUCCGCGUCGACAACCUCGCCAUCACCGGCAAGGGCAAGAUCGACGGCCAGGGCCCCUCCGUCUGGAGCAAGAACUCCUGCGCCAAGAAAUACGACUGCAAGAUCCUCCCCAACUCGCUGGUGCUGGACUUCGUGAACAACGGGCUCAUCUCCGGGAUCACUCUGCUGAACUCCAAGUUCUUCCACCUGAACCUGUACAAGUGCAAGAACGUGACGGUGAAGGACGUGACCGUCACCGCGCCGGGCGACAGCCCCAACACCGACGGCAUCCACAUGGGCGACUCGACCCAGAUCAACAUCAUCGACACGACCAUCGGCACCGGCGAUGACUGCAUCUCCAUCGGCCCCGGCAGCGAGGGCAUCAACAUCACCGGCGUCACCUGCGGCCCCGGCCACGGCAUCAGCGUCGGCAGCCUCGGCAGGUACAAGGACGAGAAGGACGUCACCGACGUCACCGUCAAGGACUGCACCCUCAAGAAGACCUCCAAUGGCGUCCGCAUCAAGUCCUACGAGGACGCCGCCUCCACCCUCACCGCCUCCAAGUUCACCUACGAGAACAUCGAGAUGGACGACGUCGCCAACCCCAUCAUCAUCGACAUGAAGUACUGCCCCAACAAGAUCUGCACCGCCAACGGCAACUCCAAGGUCACCAUCAAGGACAUCACCUUCAAGAACAUCACCGGCACCUCCUCCACCCCCGAGGCCGUCAGCCUCCUCUGCUCCGAGAAGCUCCCCUGCAGCGGCGUCACCAUGAACGACGUCAAGGUCGAGUACAAGGGCACCAACAACAAGACCAUGGCCGUCUGCAACAAUGCCAAGGGCACUGCCACCGGCUGCCUCAAGGAGCUCGCCUGCUUCUGAUUCACCAUCGUAUCCGGCCACCACUUUCUCCAUUUUGAUUUCUACAUCUCCUUCUUCGAACAAAACACACAAGAGAGGGACACGUGUGUGCAGAUUGGUCGCUGAGAUAAUCGCCGGUUAAUAAUCCCCCACCCCACAUAAAAUUGUACUCAAACACUAGAGCCUUCCCCUCUGCGCCUCCACAUGCAUGAUUGUGAGGCUGCCUGAAAAUUUUGUUGUUUACUAUAUAAAUUUGUAUGAUGCAACCGUGUAUCUUAUGUGCAUGGUUGGGAUCGAGGUCUGUAUUAUUUGCAUGACAACGAUCGAUUGGUUGAAUUAAUGUAUCAAACAACAACGAUUUGGUUGUUGUGUUACUUGUCU